AUGUGCUACAAGCCUACUCCAUUGUUAAGGAUACUGAGGAUGACCAAUCUUACCUUGAAGACUGUGGUAGCGUUGAUGAUAAUCCUAAUGAUUCAUCCUGGAGAAAUGUGGUUAUCUGGACUGAUGGAAGGUUCCAGUAUAAGAACAGAGGAACCUGUAUCAUCAUCAUCAUCAUCAUUGGGUGCUCAGUGUGUUCCUCCCAAUGUUUAUCAUAUUGGUUAUGGAGCAAAAAUAAAGAGAUCAAAAUCAAAGCAACUUGAGAACGAGUUCAACCAGCUGAUUCAUAGUGAGAAAGAUGAAAUGCAAGAUAUGCAAGUUGAUUCAUUAGCAAUUAUCUCAUUGAUCGUAGGUGCUAAUAAUCAAGAGGAAAUUGUCGUUGAAAGCAUAGAACACGCAAAGGAAGCUAUUGCUUUAGAUGUCAAGGAUGGGAAUUCAUGGUGUUUGGCCAAUCUGUUGUUGCUUUUACUAUCUUUUGAGAAGGCAACAGGGAAAAACCCACUGGGGAUCAUAUUCUACAGGGAUGAUGUAAGUGAUGGGAAACUAAUGAGCCGAAAGCAACUUCUUUAA